AUUGAAGCCAAAGCCUCCUUUACUCGAAGAGGGCAGAGGGAAAGGCAGAAGGGAGAGAAGAGAGAGAGGCUUUGGGCUUUCGGACACGGGAGAGCCACGGCCAUGGAGGAUUCAAACGACGCCGUUUCCCUCGAUAUGGAAACGAUCUAUCUUGGUGGAAAGGAACAUCAUAUAAGAACUGGCCGUGGUGCUGUGUCUGUUAUUGUCUAUGGUGACCAAGAGAAGCCUGCACUGAUUACUUAUCCUGAUUUAGCUCUAAAUCAUAUGUCUUGUUUCCAAGGAUUAUUCUUUUGUCCUGAAGCAGCUUCUUUGUUGCUACAUAACUUCUGCAUUUACCAUAUCAGUCCUCCUGGGCACGAGUUGGGAGCUGCUUCUAUCUGUCCAGAUGAGCCUGUGCCUUCUGUUGAUGACUUGGCAGAUCAAGUUAUUGAGGUUCUCAACUAUUUUGGUCUAGGUGCAGUGAUGUGCAUGGGGGUGACAGCGGGUGCUUACAUCCUCACCCUAUUUGCGUUGAAAUAUAGGGAUCGUGUUCUUGGUUUGAUACUUGUAUCCCCUUUAUGUAAAGCACCAUCCUGGUCUGAAUGGCUGUACAAUAAGGUGGUAUCAAAUUUCCUAUAUUUCUAUGGCAUGUGUGGUUUUGUAAAGGAAUAUUUGCUUCAAAGGUACUUCAGCCAGGAGGUUCGUGGUGAUGCAGACGUCCAAGAAUCUGAUAUAGUUCAAGCAUGCAGAAAAUUGCUGGAUGAGAGGCAGAGCAUAAAUGUUUUGCGGUUUCUUCAAGCAAUUAAUGGGAGACCGGAUAUUACUGAAGGAUUGAGGAGUCUGAAAUGUCGGACACUUGUAUUUGUCGGUGAUGACUCUCCUUUCCAUAGUGAGGCUCUGUACAUGACCUCAAAACUGGAUAGAAGAUACAGUGCCUUGGUCGAGGUACAAUCUUGUGGAUCAAUGGUGACAGAAGAGCAGCCACAUGCAAUGUUGAUACCAAUGGAGUACUUCUUCAUGGGAUAUGGAUUGUAUAGGCCUUACCUGUUGAGCGAAAGCCCAAGGAGCCCGCUCAGCCCCUCUUGCAUCUCACCGGAGCUUCUAUCUCCUGAAAGCAUGGGGUUAAAGCUAAAACCAAUAAAGACCCGGGUCUCACUCCAAACUGAAAAGGGGCGAGAGAGGUAGGGAAUUGGAUAUGAAGCCACCCCUUGUGAGUGUAGAUAAAUUGGAAGUUUUUUUGUUCUUUUUCUUUUUUUUUUUUUUCUUUUUUCCUGAUUGGUUAAAGCAGAAGGAUAGAAAUGGCUGUAGAUAAAAAGGGAGGGGUGGGGGGUUGGAGGAGAGAUUUGAAUUCAUUCAUUUGUAGUCAGUCAUAAACCUUGUCAUUGAGCUGUAUGUAACAAUUAACUCAAAAGGACAUUUAUUUAUGAUGACGAGGAAUUAAUAAUAGAGAAGCUCCCAAGGGAAUUUAUAAGUU